AUGAGAGGUGCGUUUGGCCAAAUUAUUCGCAACUUGAUAGGUGACAGAGGUGAUGGUGUAGAGAGAAUUCCACCAAUAGCAUCAAACAGACGACUCAACGAAGCAAAUCGUCCAAUUAGGCAGCGUCGUCGAAGACAAGAGGAGGUCCAUGAUGAUGAUGUUGAGUCUACUGAGCAUGCACAUAUGGAGGAGGAUGUCCCUCAGCCUCCACAGAUGGAGCAGGCCGCUGAUGAUAUUCAUGAUACUUCUGCACAUGCUGAUGAUGCUGAUGAGUCUGAUGAUGCUGCUGAUAUUGAUGAUCAGGAUCAGCAGAUCGGAUUUCCCAGAGGACCAACGGUGACACGUGUGUUGACACAAUAUGAGCAUCACGUGGCUCGGAGGCUAUGGGAAGGAGAGGAUCGUGGAUCAUUAAAAGUUAUUACUCACGGAUUGAAACUGAAGAAGUUUGUCGAGGUUCCUAUGCCAGCUCCUGUAGAGCAUUGGAUUCAGAAAUCUAGGCUGAUGCAUCUAUCUUCAGGCUACCUCACUAUGGUUGAUGCUGGUACAACAUGGGAGGAAUCAUGUGCUGAGAUUAGUUAUAACAAAUGUGUCCAAUAUAGAUUGCAAUGGUUGCGUGAUUUAUAUAGCCGUCUCAUUCAAACUAACCAGUUUGAGUGUGCGGCUAGAACGUAUCUGUUGCAUUUAGUUGGCUGCACUAUUUUCGCCGAUAAAACACAUACGUGUGUUGAGGCGAAAUACAUUACUCUUUUUAUUAAUUUACAUCGUUGUCGGGACUACUCGUGGGCUUCUGCCACAUUGGUUUUCCUUUAUGACAAUCUGGGAGAUGGAGCUGUACACGACACUCGACAGGUGGGAGGUUACAUGACCCUACUACAGUGUUGGAUUUACGAGCACUUCCCUAGGAUCUGUAAGCGGGGUGAUAGAGGAGCGAUUUCUGCACAUCUUCCAAGAGCAUGUAGGUGGACUGCAAAACAUGUUGUUGAAGGUGGAUUGAUGGCAUAUCGUCGGAGACUUGAUGCGUUGUUGCUCGAGGAUGUAGUGUUUACACCAUAUGAUAAUGAUCGAGCUAAUCAUCUGUUUGUAUCGAUUUCGAUGUUUUCUGGAUAUCUUCGAUGUGGUGGAGUCUCAGUCCCAUAUUUUCCGGAGCGAUGUCUUCGAUAG